AUGCGCUUCAGCACUCUUUCUUUCCUUUCUCUCGUAGGCCUGGUGCCCACCCUCGCUGCAGCGCAGCUUUCCGGCUCAGUCGGCCCCCUAACCUCUGCCUCCACCAAAGCAGCCACAAAGACCUGUAAUGUCCUCGACUACGGCGCCGCAGCAGACAAAACAACCGACCUGGGCCCUCCCCUCGCCUCCGCCUUCGCAGAAUGCAAAUCCGGCGGUCUCGUCUACAUCCCCUCAGGCGAGUACGCCCUCUCCUCCUGGGCACGGUUGAGCGGCGGCAAGGCAUGGGCUCUGCAAAUCGACGGAACCAUCUACCGCACCGGCACGGACGGCGGCAACAUGCUCUACAUCGAGCACUCGAGUGACUUUGAGCUCUUUAGUAGUACCUCCUCUGGUGCGAUGCAGGGGUUGGGGUAUGAGUUCCAUGCGGAUAAUAACUGGAGUGGACCGCGUUUGCUGCGGUUGUAUGAGGUGACGGACUUCUCGGUUCAUGAUUUUAUCUUGGUGGAUGCGCCUUCGUUUCACUUUUCUAUGGAUACUUGUGAGAAUGGGGAGGUUUAUAAUAUGGCUAUUCGGGGUGGGAAUCAUGGUGGUUUGGAUGGGAUUGAUGUCUGGAGUACUAAUAUCUGGGUUCAUGAUGUCGAAGUGACGAACAAAGAUGAAUGUGUCACUGUCAAGAGUCCGGCUCAGAACAUCUUGGUUGAAAACAUCUACUGCAACUGGAGUGGUGGCUGUGGAAUGGGAUCCCUUGGAGCAGACACCCAAAUCUCUGAUGUCACCUAUCGCAAUGUCUAUACCUGGAACUCGAACAACAUGAUGAUGAUCAAGAGCAAUGGUGGCAGUGGAUCCGUCUCGAAUGUCGUUUUCGAGAACUUUAUCGGCCACGGCAAUGCUUACUCUCUGGACAUUGAUAGCUACUGGGCAAGUAUGAGCGCUCAGUCUGGAGAUGGCGUCGAGUUGAGCAACAUCACCGUGAAGAACUGGAAGGGCACUGAAGCAAACGGUGCUGCACGUGGACCUGUCAAGGUUAUCUGCCCCGACGGUGCGCCAUGCUACGAUAUCAAUAUUGAAGAUUUCGCCAUGUGGACCGAAGAAGGCAGUAGACAAUGGUACUCGUGCCAGAGUGCCUACGGUUCUGGAUUCUGUCUGGAAUCUGGCAAUGACUACAAGUCCUACGAGGUGACCACAACUACCGUCUCCAGCGCUCCAUCUGGCUACUCGGCGGCAUCCAUGGCCUCUGAUCUCCAGACCGACUUUGGCACCACGGCUUCCAUCCCCAUUCCUACGAUUCCUACUUCUUUCUACCCCGGAGCGACCCCGUAUAGCUCUUUGAUGGCAGACAGCGCUUCGACUGCCGUCAAUGCACGCGCUGCUGUUGCCAGCUCCAGCGCUCCCGUCGUGACUGAGACUUCCCAGGCAACUUCCACCGCCGCUGCGGAAAGUGAGGCUACUGAGGUACCCCCGAGCACCACCACCGCUGCGUCUCCCGGUUCCUUCUUCCCAGGUGGUUUCCUACCAAGCCACCGGGGUAGUCAUGCUCGCCCCUGGAGGCAGUUCCGUGGCCACUAG